GCAGUGAGAAGAGCGCGAUGGAUGGCAAAAGGUUGCAACUGGUGGCACUCCUGGUGGCACUGUUUCUGGCCGGGAUUUCGGCCAGGCCGAAAGCGGACAAUCCGCUGGAGAGCUUGGGCAUGAGCGCCAUGAAUCUGGCCGGGAACCUGGCGGAGGCAAUUCAAAGUGGCGGAGCUCUGACCCGCGAUCUCAAUCUGGACAAUCCACUGAUGUCGGUGCACUCGAAAACCGCCCUGGGUUACGGCGAUGCAAUGCGUCCGCCUUCGGGAGCUGAUUCCUCCGAAGAGGAUCGCAGGCGCAAGAGGAGGAGGAGGAGAAGGAGGAGUGGGAGGAGUGGAAGGAGCCUCCAUCGCCACAGGAGAGCUCCGUGUUUUUGGAAGAUGGGCGGUGCUGCCACCACAGCUGCCACCGGAGGCGAUGAUGAAGUGGAGGCCAGAAGGAGACGGGCUCAGAAGCGGGCAACCAACAAUGCCUCGCGAUCCCGAGUGAGUCCCAAGACCAGUGGCAAGAAGUCCUUGCAACGACGGAGGCGCCGCCAAGCGCCAACGGAUACGGAAAUCAUGCAGAACUCGAACGGAAAGGAUCCCCUGGGACUCGGGGACAGGAUCAAGGGAAUGUGGCUCGCCUUCGUGGACAAUGUCUCCGAAGUGGUGCAGCAGGUGCGCCAGAAGAUCUCCGAUUCGGCCACUCAAACGGGUUGAAGGCUACCCCGAUUCCCUGACUUCCCCAAAUUCCCCAACCUCUGUGUAUUUUUUUUUGGUUGUUUAUAAGUGCAAUAAAAGUAAAUGCAAAAAAAAAAAAAUACUUAUUAAACUCAUUUAAAACAUACUUUAAAUUAAGUAUCUACCUUAAAUGAAUAAAUUAAAUUUACCAAUUUUCAAGCCUUGAAAUUAUUAAUACUGUGUUUUAUGUGAUUGUUCCAAUUGGUUGUAUACUGCCUAUCAAAAAAAGAAAUUAUAAAUUAUAACCUAAUAGAAAACAUUGAUCUGAACUAAA